AUGGGUAUAAUAAAAAAAGCAAUCACUAAAUCAGAGUUAUUGAGACAUGCUGCCAAUGCACAUAAAAGAAGAUUACAACAACAACAAAUAGAUAACAAUAAUAAUGUACAACAAGACAAUAAUAAUAUAGGAGAUAUAGAUAGAAAGUAUAUACUUGAUAAAUUAGCAGUUGCAGAAAAGAAUGAGUUGGGUUUCAAUGAUCCCAAAGUGGUAUUGGUACCAUCAGACAAGUCAAUGUCUACAUGGAGGAAAUCAUUGUAUAUAAACUCUCUUGAAAAGUACAUUAUCAAGAAAUCAACAGCUCUCUACACUCGUAUAUUGUCUGGAACACAUCCAAACCCAACCGAAGGACUCACACUAGAGUACAACAAAUCAUCAAGCUUCUUUCGUUUUCUUCUCCCACAAGCAUUUAAACUUGUCAGCUUCCUAGCUCCAAAGUUUCAAUCAAUCCCUGAAGUUUAUGGUAUUGAACAUUCAGAGUUUAUUGCUAACUCUAAAAUUGGAUUACAAUAUUUCUUUUCAAAACUAUCAAACAAUGAUAAAUCAGUCUAUAGAAUGGUAUCAAAAAGAUUUAAACCAACUGUAAAGAAAAUGAUGAGUCAAUUGGCAACACUCAAGAAAUACUCUAUCACUCAUACACUAGAGGUUGAUCAAUUCCAUGACGUUGUUAUUUUACCUUCCUAUCCACCUCCAGCUAUCAUUGCAUCUUAUCGAUUCACAGGUAUCAACAAAUUAGACCUAAACAAUACUAGUAGCAGUCAUAAUAAUAGUAGAUCAUCAUCAUUGAACAAAGGAAAAGAACUUGGUGAGUUACUUACAAUGGUUAGAUGGAUACGUGAUCCAGAAGGUGAUUGGAUCAUUGAUAAUAUGGCACCAGUCAUUUCAAAAUAA